ACCGUCCCGCAGAGCUCAAGAUGGUAUCGGAUCAUCGAUCACCGUGCAAAAUUAUUUGUGUAUUGUGCGAGAAGUCAGACGAAGACGAAAUCACCGGACCUCUCUCAUCCAAAGAGAACAUCUCUGCACACCAGAACUGUUUGUUGUUUGCAUCAGGGAUCUACUGCCAGAACUCGCCCACCUAUGACGACCUGUUUGGAUUUGCAGUAGAAGAUGUAAGGAAAGAGCGGGGGAGAGGAAAAAAACUAUUUUGCCACCACUGCAAGAAAAGGGGAGCUACAGCAGGAUGUGAUGUAAAGCGUUGUAAGCACUCGUACCAUUAUCCCUGCGCCAUAGAGGCCCGUGCCAGAGCCAUUGAAAACAAUGCUGAAGGCAGAUAUAUACUGUUCUGUGAAUUACAUGAUCCAGACCUCAUAGAAACAAGUUCAGUAAGUUUGCAAGGGGCCUCAACGUCUGGUCUCUGUGGCUCUAAGAGACAAAGAUCGACAGACAGUCAUGGACCAAGGCCUGACAGGGGUGAAUCUAAUUCAUCUACAGGGUCGUCAGAAGCGAGUUUGUCCCGAAAAAAGAAUAAGAAUGACGUUGAUCCCGUGUUUGCUCCAGUAGAGUCAGAUGUAGAAGAGUGUACACCUCCAAAACAGCACAAUCAGUCAACUCCUGACCCUAAAAGUAAACGGCCACGUGAAGAACUGAGUCCAUCAGUUACAGGUUCAUUAAAUGGGGGCUUAACGUCUGAUCAGAAGGCUUGUGAAUCAUCAGACAAUCCAGGAGAAUUGCAUGGCUGGGUCAGCUCUCUCACACACACACACACACACACACACACACACACACACACACACACACACACAGUGUCCGUGCCGGUGUCCGUUCCGGUGGCUGUUCCCGUGCCGGUGUCUGUUCCGGUGCCAGUGCCGGUGUCCGUUCCGGUUCUGGUGCCGGUGACCUUGUCCGUGCAGGUGUCCGUUCCGGUGGCUGUCCGUGCCGGUGUCCUUGUCCGUGCCGGUGACCUUGUCCGUCCCGGUGUCCUUGUCCAUGUCCGUGACCUUGUCCGUGCCGGUGUCCUUGUCCAUGUCCAUGUCCAUACCAGUAUCCGUGCUGGUGUACUGGUCGUGUCCAUGUCGGUGUCCGUGCCAGUGUCCGUGUCCAUGCCUGUGCUGGUGUCCGUGCCGACACUACAAAAACCUAAUCACCGAGUUGUUGUGAUUAUCUUGUGUUUGGUUUCUUUUAGGUUACCAGAAGUGGAAACGCCCAGAAGGAAAAAGAUAAAAUUCCUUGAAUACUCAGAUGAUGAAAGUCCCACCGGCACUGACCCUAUAGUAGUUCCUGUAGUGAUAGAUUUGGAGAAGCCCAAUUCCCCUCCUGUGCCUGAAAAUACAAGGCCCUGUGAAAAACUCAACCCAUCAACCACAGGAGCGGACGACAAUGACACUGACAUUGACUCGGAAGAUUCUCAGAGUUUGUUACCAUCAGAAAUGUAUCAUACCACUGUUCCAUUUAACGUUAUUGUAGACUCGGGACCCUCAGCAGAAUCAGAGUACAGUCUAGAACUUGGUUCACCUGUCAGUGCUGCCCCAGAGGCUGUUUGCUCCUCACCUGGGUUUGUCGCAGCCCCUGAACAUGAGGAAACACCAUCCACAAGUAGAACCUCUCCGGUGCCCAGAGCUCCAACCACUGACACAGUCUCACCAGGUACUGCUGACUCUACGCCAGAAAAGCACCAUGACAGCGAAGGUCCCUCAGGUCAGCCAGGGUCACCUCGGCAUUCAAAGCCAGACUUCAACAUUGAGGAGCUACCAGAACCUUCUUCUCCGGCUGGGGUGUCUACAUCACUAGAUCGGGCCACUGCAUCAGAUGCUUGUGAUGUAAACGACACAGGAAGCACCCAGUCCAACGCGGUCAUAUUCUGGACUAGAUGCAAUCAGGCCGGGUGGACUGAAAAAAUCUUCUCAGAGCUUGUGUCUCAGCUGGGAAGCUUGGGAGAAAGAGUACAAUCACAGGAAGCCAGCCACCAGGACUAUGAUGUUGCUCUCAAACUACUGGAGGCAUCUGGACGUCUACCUUGCAUUAUUACUCAGCUGGAACAAGACUUGGAGGAGCAGGAACGGGAUUUGCAGAGGAAAAAAGCAGCACUGAGGGAUGCCAGAGCUGUACUGGGUUUAAUAUAAUAAUAUAAUCAUCUACUCUAUAGUAGUAUUAAUGUCUUUUUCAGUUGUUGUUUUUUUGGCCUACUUUUAAAUGAUAAUAUGAUAUAAUAC